GUUAAUAACAAUUCGUUUUCGCCGCUGCGGUUUGUGCUUUUGUCUACGAUGUCUUCGAUUUUCGCGAAUGUAAAAAAGGGACCGGCAAUUGAAGUAUUUGCCUUGACCCAAGCAUUUAAGGAUGACAAACAUCCAAAGAAGGUUAAUGUGGCUGUUGGUGCAUACCGCACGGACCAGGGUGAACCAUGGGUGCUGCCAGUCGUGCGAAAAACGGAAAUAAGUAUUGCUGGCGAUGAGUCCCUCAACCACGAAUAUUUGCCUGUGACGGGUCUGGAUACCUUUACACGUGCAGCUACGGAACUGGUGCUGGGUGCCAACUCUGUAGCUAUAAAGGAGAAGCGUGCAUUUGGCGUCCAAACCAUAUCUGGCACAGGUGCCUUGCGCGUGGCUGCUGACUUCUUGCACCAGCAACUGGGACGUAAUACGGUCUAUUACUCAAAUCCAACCUGGGAGAAUCAUCAUAAGAUUUUUGUUGACUGCGGCUAUACUAAGUUGCAUUCGUACCGCUAUUGGGACCAAAACAAGCGUCAGUUGGAUUUCGAAGGUAUGCUGGCUGACUUAGAACAGGCGCCGGCAGACUCUGUCAUUAUUUUGCAUGCCUGCGCACACAAUCCCACGGGCAUGGAUCCCACUCAGGAGCAAUGGAAGCAGCUUGCCGAUCUAAUGGAGCGUAAGAAGCUCUUCCCGCUUUUUGAUUCGGCCUAUCAAGGCUUUGCUAGUGGUGAUCCUGAUCGUGAUGCUUGGGCUGUGCGCUACUUUGUGGACCGCGGCUUCGAGUUGUUUUGUUGCCAAUCGUUUGCAAAGAACUUUGGUCUAUACUGCGAGAGAGCUGGCAAUCUGACCAUUGUGCAGCAGAGUCCUGACACCAAGGAUCAGAUACAUUCACAGAUGACCCUGAUUAUUCGCGGCAACUAUUCAAAUCCACCAGCAUAUGGGGCUCGCAUAGUUUCUAAAGUAUUGAACACGCCGGAGUUACGACAGGAAUGGAUGGAAUGUAUCAAAUCCAUGUCGAGCCGCAUUCGCCUGAUGCGUCAAUCAUUGCGUGACAAGCUCGUUUCGUUGGGUACUCCUGGCAACUGGGACCACAUUGUCAAUCAAAUUGGCAUGUUCUCCUACACUGGUCUCAACCAGAAGCAGGUCAAUAUGCUCAUUAAGGACUAUCACAUCUAUUUGCUUCAAACCGGACGUAUUAACAUGUGCGGCCUUAAUACCGGCAACUUAGAUUACGUAGCUGAGGCUAUUCACGCUGCUGUGACAUCCAACAAUUCAUCGCUAUAAGCAACAACGAAACACAACAAUAAUUUGGUUAAAGGAAAAAUAGUCCAAGAAUCUAGAAAAAACAAGCUAAUGCAACACAAUUUAUAAGCAUUUUGAAGCAAUAAUUUACAAUGUUGUAGAAUAACCAAGUAUACAUCUAGCAUUUAAUACAAAAUAUUACUGUUUCUAGUUGCAAUAUAUUUACUUUUAAUAAUA